AUGCUCUCUCUUUUUCUAAGGACUUUAAAAUAAAAUUAAUUAAAUAUUUAUUUAUUUCAUAUAUUAAUAUAAUUCUAAAAAUCUAAAUCAAAUAAAAUCAAUUUUAAUUUUAAAUUAUUUUUAAAUAUAUUUUAUAUAAUUGAUAAAUAAAUCAAAACAAGGUAUUUUAUAAGAUAAAUCUGUAUAAUAUUUGACUUUACAAUUUUAUUUUAUAUUAAAUUUAGAUUUAUUGUAAAAUAUUUAAAAUUAAUUAAAUCUGAUUAAAAAAUUGCUAUCAGCUAUUCAUUUAAUUAUAUUGCAGAUAAAAUCAAAUAUUAACUUUAGUUUAAGUUACUCAAUAAAUUAGAAGGAAAAUAAAUUCAGAAUUAGGAGAUUCAAAGGAAAUCCAAAUAAAACCCUCAUAAGUAAAAUAUAAAAAAAGAGGAAGUAAAAAAACAAAAAAACUUAUAAGAUUAACAAAUGAAAGAUUUUGAGUUUAAAUUAAUAAAUAAAUAGAAAUCAUUCUUUUAAUUUUAUGGUAAAAAUGAUAAAUUAAAGUUUUAAAAAUUAUAUAAAAUGAUAAACAGAACCUUAACUUCAAAAAAAUUUAUAGCCCUUCAUUUAAUAAACUUUAAUAAAAUUAAGUCUUCUUUUAAAGAUACUCUUUUUUUGUUUGUAAAAUUUAUUAGAUUACCAAAUAAGGAGACUAGAUGA